AUGACUGUGAGAGUAGUCGAUGCUGCGAAGCCAGAGCAGCACCAUCAGCAGCAGCAAAAGCGGGCGUCAGUCAUUACCCAUACAGUUGCAACACAGGCUGCUGGUGGCGUGAGUACCAUUGUGUUGUAUCCAAUUGAUGUUGUCAAGAUGCGCUUCAUGUCGCAAGAUGGCACCGUGCAGCGCCAGCACAACCGACAGACAUAUCGUUCAAUCAGUGAGGCCUUUGCAGCCAUUUACCGCGAGGAGGGGUUGCGGGCAUUGUUUCGCGGGUGCCAUGUGGCGGUCCUCGGCGCCGUCGUGGCGUGGGGUGUUUACAUGUACCUCUAUCGGUCUCUCUGUGCCGCUAGCGAGGCGUUGGUGUCACGUGACGGGCAGGGACGAAUGGAAGACUUCGUGCGUUGCUCGCUUCUCUCCGCUGUUGCCAGCUGCUCCUCGGCGCUUGUUUGCAACCCCAUUUGGCUUAUCAAGACCCGCAUGCAGCUCGAAGAGCUUGCGACGGGGAGCUCCCACGGCAGUACUGGGAACUACUCGUCCUUUAUUCGUGGGACGGUAUUCGCUGUUCGGAGCACCGGCUUUUGCUCGUUGUGGCGCGGCGUUUCCGCGCAGGUUCUCCUCGGCCUGCCGAACGCUCUUAACUUUCCCCUCUACGAAGUCUUCAAGUUUUACCGUCUGCAGCGUACAUGCCGAGACAGUCUGAGCACCCAAGACGUUUGCGUCUGUUCCACCGUAGCGAAGGCAUGUGUGACGGUGGCUGCUCACCCAAUUAAUGUCUUGAAGACCCGUCUGCAGGAUCACAGAAGUCGUUGUGGCGAGCUGCAGUACGUUUCACUCGUUCAGUCGGUGGUGCUCAUCUGGAAAAGACAUGGUGUGCGAGGCAUUUACCGAGGCAUAAUACCGGCCUUUCUGCAGUCAGUACCACGCUCGGUGCUGACCUUUGUGCUCUACGAGCGCUUUAUGCAUCUCUGA